AUGGGUAUUGAAAAACGUGAGAAUAAUGUUCGAGAUUUGAUUGCUUUUUGGAUUUUUGGUUUGGCAAAUAAUUUUGCCUAUGUAAUUAUGCUUAGUGCUGCUGAUGAUAUUAUUAAAAGUCAGCACAAACAUAAUCCUCAACAUAAUAAUAAAACAAAUAUUUCAAAUAAAUGCAUUGAAAAUAUAGGGAAUCCAAGGUGUGAAAAAUACAUGUCUACCGGUGCUGUCCUUUUAGCAGAUAUUUUGCCUGCAAUGGUUAUUAAAUAUACAAUGCCUUUCUUUAUGAAUCGAAUACCUUUUGGUUUUCGACAUUUAUUGGUUUGCUUACUUCAAGCUUCAAGUUAUUUAGUUGUUGCCUUUUCCCCAAAUAUUCAAAUAUCCUUGUUUGGCGUUGUCUUGGCAGCAUUGGGAUCUGGAUUGGGAGAAAUAUGUUAUUUGGCAUUAAGCUCUCAUUAUUCCAAAUCAACAAUAGCUUCUUGGUCCUCCGGCACGGGAGGUGCGGGAAUAUCCGGAGCUUUAGCAUAUGCAAUUUUAACUGAACCAAAAUUUUUUGAUAUGUCCCCAAGAAAUGCUUUAUUAGUUAUGCUUGUCGUUCCAAUAAUUUUUGCAAUAACUUAUUGGUCAUUAUUAACCCCUGUGUUGAGUGUUCACAGAAUUAAUUUAUUUAAAAUUUCAACGUGGAUUGUUCCUGUCCAAAAUAUGAAAGAAAAAGUAAAUCAAAAAAUUGGAGAAGAAGAAUAUGAUGGUAAAGCUUAUACACACAAUUUUACUUUUAGAGAUAAAUUAAAAAUAAUUUAUCCAUUGCUGAAAUAUAUGAUUCCUCUCAGUUUUGUAUAUUUUGCUGAAUAUUUAAUUAAUUCGGGAUUGCAUCAAUUAAUGCAUUUUGACUGUUCACAUGGAUUUGGUUUAUCAUUGGAAAGCCAAUUUCGUUGGUAUAUGGCAUUAUAUCAAUCAGGCGUUUUCUUUUCUAGAACCUCUGUAGCUUUUUUAAAAUUACCUUCAUCAGCAUUAUAUUUUCUUCCUUUUUUACAGGCUUCAAUAUUUUUAAUUCAGUCAAUUAACCAAUUUAUUCCUCAUAUUGGAAUAAUUUUUAUUUUAACAUUUAUUGAAGGAAUUUUUGGGGGCGCUUCAUAUGCUAAUACUUUUGAUAGAAUACAUAAAGAAGCUUCCUCUCAAACUCGAGAAUUUAGUCUUUCUAUAGCUUCAACUGGAGAUUCUAUUGGAAUUAGUUUAGCUGGGUUUGGUUCAAUUAUAGUUCACAAUUAUAUUUGUAAAUUAUAUCCAAUUAUUUAUCCUUAA